GUUCAUGGCGCAAUCGUUUCUUCUGAAAUUUGUGAAGUUUUUACAUACAUAGUGCUCAAGUAGGAAGUAAAAGUUUCGUUUUUGGUGUGUAUCUUUCUUCAUUUCUAUUAUAGCAUUUUAGGAAGAUAUUCGUCGCUCUGCUCACAAUUUCAAUUACCAUUGGUUGCUAUGAAAGAAUUGCUCCUUUGAUUUUGUUCACAAUUAGCCACUUACGACUUACCGAAUUGCUCCUCUCGUUGAAUAUUUUCCUCGCUAAUUUUUGUCCUCGGGCUUCUGUCAUUUCCUUUCCAGCCAGAUAAAACAAUCAGAACAACAUCAACCGGAGACGUUUACAAACCACGAAAAAAAUGACCGACCCGAGCAAACAGCCCCUGCCACCUCCCGUCUUGAAAUGGGCGAAAGAGGAGCUGAUGCGUAUGGUGGGAGAUUGUGGCGACGAGGUGGUCACGAUGGUGCUGGAAAAGGAGAACAACGACCUGCAGCAGUUUUUGGUCAGUUUUGGUGUCGAAGACCGAGAGGCUUACACCUUCUGUCAAAAUCUGGUGCACAAAAAAUUCGAGGCGCAAGUGAUCCAGGUAAGAAAUGAAUUUUCGCGCUCGUCGUCGUAGUCACUCUGUGUUUACAAUCUACAACACUACACAGAUGACGACCUUCAUGACAUCCAGGAGUAAAUUGAAACCUCGCUCGACGGCCUGUGAUGGCUGCAUGAUGAGAAUCAUGAUCACACAGUCAGAAUCAGAAUACAAACUCAAACGCUCCGUGGUAGUGGUACAAAAACUCUUCUCGCCUAUUGAACUUCUACAGGAGCACGCCGCGAAACAGCACACAAAAGAGAUGGAGGCGAACUUCCCGAAAUUAAAGGGAAUGACGGCACUAUGCACUGCAAAAGUAUCGUACUAGUACAAAUCGCAAUACAAAUUGGCUCAGCAUAAUUACAAAUUAGAGGUGUAAUGCGGAUUUACCUAACCAACUAGAUUUGUAAUGCAUAACUGCGUUUACUACGAGUACGAUACUUUUGCACAGGAUAGGCACGGCAAAAACACGAAUUUGCCUUGAAGCAGGAGAAGGAAAGAAUGGAGAAACUGCGGCAGGAGCGGGCGAGCCAGAACUUCUUCUGCAGCUCGCAGGCUACAGCGCUGGCGACUGGUACUUCUAUAAUUUUGGUGGUUUGUAUUUUGCAUGGGCAUAUUAACAAAGUAGAUGCCCUGUGCGUCUUUUGCGGUCUAGAGUGCUGAUGUAGAAUUGUACGUAGUAAGCACCCACUAGUUGUAGUAUUACGCUUGUUUAUAAUAAUAAUUUCCCGCAUGAUGACAACAGACACUGUGAAAGAGAGGCCGUCUCUGGUACGUCUUUCCGGGUAUUAAGUUGUCUUGCAGUUUCUGCAGGACAAACUUUGCUUGGGGACGAUGACCUAGGAUCUCAGUCCCGCUCUCGAGUAGUUUUCAGUCUGAAACGGGAUAAAACAUAAACAUCAAAGAUCCGCAGGCUCUUUAAAUUGGCUACGCAAGAAUAAACACGAUGAAUGUGCUAUGCAAGGAAAAAACUGUGUAAGUGUAACUUUCUUGGAGGAACAGCAUCACAGGUUUGCUCUGCAUGACGGAGAAAACCUGUGAUGCGUAGCUAGGAGCUGAAAACACGUACGAAAGGAGCCUCUGACGCAUAUCCAGCAUGCCCGUUGUAAGUGUCUUGCAUCGUCUGCAACACAAAGUUACAACAGACACUGUGAAAGAGAGGCCGUCUCUGGUACGUCUUUCCGGGUAUUAAGUUGUCUUGCAGUUUCUGCAAGACAAACUUUGCGUGGAGACGAUGACCUAGGAUCUCAGUCCCGCUCUCGAGUAGUUUUCAGUCUGAUACGGGAUAAAACAUAAAGAAACAUCAAAGAUUCGCAGGCUCUUUAAAUUGGCUAAGCAAUAAACACGAUGAAUGUACGCUGCUCCAGUUCCCUCAUACUUCUAGAUCUAGUUCCAGACCUAGCUCAAGCAGUAUUACAAACAUUCCCUCACCACCUCCUUCACAGGCGCCCCCGCCACCGGUACUAGUUCUUCUACCUCCGGCUCCCACACCAAAGCUUCAAAGAAGCAGCAAGAGAACCGGCGCAUUUGUCUUUGCCAGGGCAUGAAGCACGGCGUUUUGUCCAACUGUCUGCACUGCGGGAAGAUUAACUGCAAAGAGGAGGGCUACGGACCCUGCCUUUUUUGCGGCAACGAGCUGAUCUUCGACGAUCUGGACAAAAUCGCAUUUGACAAAACGGAUGAGGAGAUCGCUUCCCUGCAGAAAGCCGUGGAAAAAGCGAAGAAAUUGGUGCAGUUCGAUAGAGAAUCGCAGAAGAGAACCAAAGUGUUCGACGAGUCUACUGAUUGGUAUUUGGAAGCGCAGAACCCCUGGCUGUCCCAGUCCGCACGUGAGCAGGCGAAGAAGCAAGAGAAAAUUUUCCGGAAGCAGAGGGAGCUGGAAAAGCGGAAAAUCCACCUCACGGUUGAUUUCUUUGGCCGGACGAUCGUGGAGUCGUCGGAUGGGAAGCAGUUGGAAUCCGACAACGCGAGUAAAUUGGAGCAGUUUAUCGACGUGGACUCGAAAUUGCUUCUCGACAGCACGGAUUUGCUGGGCCGAAACAACAAGCAAAUCGACUACGAGAAGGUGCACGGGGCCUCCGUGCCCGCUUUGGUCGGUCCCGCAAAGGACCUGUACGAAUCGUUGCAGAAAAGUUUGCGCGAUAACGCGCGGAACAAUAAUAAAAACCCAUCCACUUCUUCGUCUGCCGGGGGGCCACAGUACUCGGAUGAGUUGAAGGAUAUUGUUGUCAAGUCGUCUUCUCCAGGCGGGCCCGCUGCAACAGGCAGUAAAAGUAGAGGGCAAGAGCAGCAAGGCGGCUCCAGUUCCUCUACCGCAGCUUAUCGACCAAGAUAUGAGGACAGAGAAUUCGACGACGCGCUGAAUCAGGCGGCGCUGUUUGGAGAUAAAAACAGCAACCACCAAGAUAGAAACGACAAUCCUGCCGGCAGUAGAGAGGAAGACGUCGAUCAACAGGACAACCCAGGUAGUAGAAAUGGUACGAAAGCACAGCAGGACUUCCCGGCCCCCAAGCCGCUCUUUCCGGACGCGCUGGACGAAGGGAAGUGUCUCUCGCUGCACCAACCCUGGGCGUCGCUGAUUGUCGCCGGGUUCAAGCGCGCGGAAGGGCGGGGGUGGAACAGUGACGGGAAAAAUAAGCAUUUCAACCGCGGGAGAUUGUGGAUUCACGCCGCGAUGAAGGACGUGGAGGACGAAACGGUGUCGCAAAUGGAGGACUACUACAAAAAUUUGUACGGAAACUACCCGAAACUCCCACUUUUUCCUUCAGAAUCCGGCCUCGGCUACCCGAGCGGGUGCAUCCUCGGUUGCGUCGAUCUAGUGUCCAUUGAGGAUAACGAAAGCUACAAGGUGAGGAGAAAGCAGGAACUGCUUGGGAUACGGAAAGUGAAGAUGAACGACCAAAGUAGUAGCGGGGCGAAUUAUGCAGAUGGAGGUGAGCAGGAGCCAGGCAGCGCAGGAACGGCGGAAGACAAUUUAGACGAUGCAGAGGACAUUCACUUGGAAGAAAACAGCUCCGACUACAUCUUCUGGCUGGAAACCCCGCGGAAGCUCGCGGUCCCCUGCAAAAUGUCUGGCGACCACAAGUUCUGGGACAUACCGCGAGACACUCUGAAAACGCUGCAAAAAGCGUUGCUCCCGGUGAAGUGGCCGGCGCAGGGCCUGCCGCAGCAGUUCGAAGCCAGACAUGAUCUGCGAUUUGACCUAAAAACCGGCGGCAUUUACCGAGAGGAGCGACCGGCCUCGAGUGGUGCAGACCACGCUGUGACAAAAGCGGAAAAUAACAGCGCCAGCAAAGCAGCUGCGACCACCACGAGUGCAGAAAAUAAAUCGGACCAAAAGCUGUACCAAAACCUGCUGGACCACCACUCCGAGUCAACAGCAUCAAAACUCGAGCGUAAUAACAACAAAAUUUUUAAGGCGAACUUCACGGCGUCGGCCAGAUUGGCGGAGAGUUUUAUCCAUUUGCACGACUUGAUUCCGAUCAACGAGCAACAGCAGAUAAUCGACUAUUUAGCUGCGAAGUCCGAUGCUUGCAACGCACAACGAAACAACGGCGGGUUUUUCGUGGAACAGGUCAGCAACGUCAGUACGACAGCCUGUAGUUCUUCUUCAAAGACCACCACGACAACAUCAACUGACAAACAAGCACAACAACAUCAAGCUGAUACAACAACGAGCGAUAUUAACAAGAAGUUCCUGAAGACCAAGACCGCGAAGGUUUGUCGCAUGAGUCUCGGUAUAUCAAAUGCAAAAAUGUCUGGGUCUGGAAAAAUGCGCGAUUUGUCAUGCAGCUUUUCCAUGACCCAUGAGGUCCGGAAUGCAGGACCUAGCAUGACAGAUUCUGCGCGAUCUCUCUCAUGCCUAUCCUGCAUGAGAAACUCCCUCCCGACUUGGUCAAAACUGGACACCUUUUGGUAAUCAUGCAACACAAAUUUUUGCAUGCUUCAGAUUUAGCAUGACAAGUUGCAUUCUUCCAGAGGACCCAGACACUUUUACAUUUCAUACGGUAGCUUCGUCUUCAAUUUCCGGCUCAACCGGUGGGAAGCGGGGGACGAAAUUCGGGACAUUUCGAAGGGGUUGUUGGAAAAGUGGUUUAAGCACGCGGUCAAGGAGGCGAAUAACGCGAUCCCCAAAAUCGUCGACCGGUUCGUCCCCUACGCAGAAACUCUAAGUGGGUCAGAAGAAGAGCGGGUGGACGAUCUUGUGCUGCUCAAACAGAAAGACCCUGUAGCACCUUCGCCAAAAAACGCCGAGAAAAAUAGCAAAAAAAAGCAGAAAAAUACCGCGGCUCUACUGGCAGCAGCCUCGUCCACUACUCCGGGAAAGAAAGACACGAGUACGUCUGCUGUGAGUACGACCAAAAGCAUCAGCAAGACAACUAUCCUGUGCAAAAGUAUCGCACUCGUACUAAUUGCAAAUGUCGUGCGUGGCAAAUGUUUUUCCUAUAGGGAAAGCAGCAUUACAAAUUCCACUUCCCCUCUUGCCAAAAUUUGUGAUGCAAUCUAUACUAGUGCAGUGGGGUGCUUUUGCAAUGCAUAACAACUACUACAGAGCAACUUCCGAACUUCUCCCCCGACGUUUGUUGGGCGGAAUUCCACGGUGCCGAAGCGACGGUGGAUGUACGGCAGGAGGAAAUCGUGGACACGGCGGACGUGCCCGUUGUGCUCAUCAACAUCGGCGACUCGGUGAAGAUCUCCUACACAUUAACCCAGUCGCUAGACCAGCAGGGAACAAAUACGCCGACGUCCUCGUCGAAACUAGCGGCGAGCAAAGCGGGCGGAGCAAUUGGAGCGGGCGGCCCUUCAGGCCGGCAGUUGCUGGUCACGGUUAAGUCCGGCGAUGCUCUGGUGUUCGGCAAUAAGUGUAGGGAUUUGUUUCACGGCGUGGCGGAGGUCAUGCCGAAUACACGGCCGACCGCCUUGGAAAUGGCCGCUCCCGGAAGGUUGGCGGUUGUUUUGAAAUGAUGCGCGAGGCAGCUUCACGUAGUACUCUCUGUGAUUCAUGUGAUAAACUACAUUGACGCCGCAAGAGACGCGAAGCAAAAAAGCAUAAUAUCACGACACAGCGACACAACAUGUAAAUAUGGCAGUUGUAGUAC